AUGUCUCCGUUCUUAGCUGCCAUCUUUUUGUUCAGCCUGGACGUGGCAAACGCCAUUAACUUCACAACCGUCUACGAGUGGGACAAAUUCGAUUUCAUCUGGCCAUCAGAAGCGGACACUUCAAAUGGACAGAUUAAAAAUGAAUACAGGCCGGAAAAUGUUGUUCCUUCAUUCAUGGCUGUUUUUGGAGAAAGACUGUUUCUAAGCCUUGCUUCAAAUACGGGAAUUCCCGCCACACUGGUGUGGCUGCCAACGAGCGGAACUUCGACUGCACCUCCAAAGCUCGCUCCUUUCCCUUCCUGGCAUUUACAUAAAAAAGACAAGUGCGACACUAUUCAGAUGGCCAAGGGUGUGGAAACGGACACUGAUGGUCGGUUGUGGGUGCUUGAUGAUGGUGGCGAGAUUUGCCCAAGCAAAAUUUGGAUAUUCAACCUGCUCAACAAGGACACAAUCGAGCGCGUUCACCAGUUCCCGGAUACAGUCGUCUCUCAUGGAAGCGAGACAGUUGUACCUUGCAAGAGUUGA